CAAAACUGCAAUAUGUGCCACGCGCACGCAGAGGUAGCAGAACUAGGGUGGCUAAACACAAGUCUAAAGAGAGUUUCAUCAGUUCAGCCGGUGGAUUCCAGUUGGUAGGCCGCUAACACGUUACCUCGCAAUAAAAACAGUGCCGUGUACUUUGCCAUGAGAGACAACCUGACCUGAAGGUCCUUUCACUUCAUGCAUCGCUUUCCUUAUCCCACUGCACCAAUGGACCCUCAGGUGUGUCCGCCACCUCUGAGCAGCAGCCAAUCGGUGAUCAGUGGCAUUGACAAAUCCCCAGCCAGUACAUUUAAACCUGGCCACUCACGGAGCAACAGCACCGGCUCCUCCAAAUAUUCAAAACAGUCUCGUCACUGGGAGGUGAUGGACGAUUUACGGAAUGCGGAUGUGUAUUCAGCUUCCAGCUCCUCACUGGACCUCACUAUCCCUGGGAUCUGUGAGGGCUACUUGAUGAAGAGGAGGAAGUAUCCACUCAAUGGCUGGCACAAGAGAUACUUCCUUUUAGAGAAAGGGAUUCUCAAGUACUCAAAGACACAACAAGAUAUUCAGAGAGGAAAGCUCCAUGGCUCUUUGGAUGUCAGCCUGGCUGUCAUGUCCAUCAACAAGAAGUCCAAAGGCAUAGACCUGGAUGCUGGAGACAACCUCUACCACCUGAAGGCAAAGAGCCAUGACAUCUUCUACAUAUGGUUGACCAAGCUCUGUGCCCAUCGUGUAUAUAGGAAAAAUGAGGCGAUGAGUGUCCAUCAUGGCGUCCUUCACGCUCUCUCACUGAGCCCAAGCACCCUGCCAGCCAUGGCCACUCUCGCCCAGACAAACAGAGCAAUGCCUACUUACUAUGCCAGCUCAGCAACAUUGUACAAUCCAGAGAUGGGAAGCCCCGCUCCUGCUGUCGCCCCUAACCCAGGGGUGACCAGCAAGGUGUCCGCGUGGCUGCAGCAGACCCAGAACAUCGAUGCAACCUCCAAUGACCUGGCUCGCUGUCAGGCUGAGCUGACAGAACUGGCUCAGCUCAUCCAGCGACUACAUUGGCUGGAAGGUGGGCUGCCAAUCACUAACACAGACCUGGAGAUGCGAAUCAACAUGCAGAAUCUCUCUCUGGAGAAACCUAAGAAGAAGACAGUGAAAGGGUUUGGUCAUUCCAGGACUUUGUCCCGCGUUGAAGCGGGAAUGUUCACUUCCAGCCACCUGAGUUCCAACGGCAACACUGGUUCGGGGACGUCUGUGAAGUCUGUCCCUGAAUAUGUCUACUCUCAGCUGUCCAACCCUCAGGUCACUUCACCUGAGGCCAAGAAGCUUCAACAGGACAUCUGCACUACUUCACACAGGGUUCAUUCUUCGCUCAAGUCCAUUUAUGAGGUUUUGACCUUGGAGAGAGAGAGACUGAGGCAGGCCUGGACCAGCCCGGAACUGAGGCAUAACGCCUCAGAGCAGCUAGCUACACUUUGCAGCACACUGUCAGAGCUUGACAUACAGUCACGUCUGACCAAAGUCCACUCGCUUUCCCUGUCCUCUGACUCUGAGGAAUCCUUCUGCACCGUCCAACCUGACCAGAAGACACCAUCUAGAGGUCGUCCGUGUCAUCGCGCGCCCUCAGUGGCAGAAUCUAUGGCAGAGUAUUUUGAUGCCAGUGAGGUGAUUGUGUGCGAGAGCUCAUCAGAGGCAGAGGCUUCGGAUGAGUCGGGCCUGAGUGACAUCACCACCACCAGCAACUCUGAGCCUGAAGAGGGACACACCACUGCCACCCUCAACUACCGGGCCAGUCUGAACAAUGCUCCUGACAAACCCAGACCAGUGCCUACUAAUACUGGUCGUCGCACUGCCAUCCCUGCCCCAGCAAUAGACAACAGCCACAUUGGCAUCAUGACCAUCCUGUACAACAACAUUGGAAAGGACUUGUCCAGAGUUUCCAUGCCAAUCGCUCUCAAUGAGCCAGUUUCUUUGCUGCAGAGACUGAGUGAAGAGCUGGAGUACUCUGAGCUGCUGGACAUUGCCAACCGCACUGAUGAUCCAUAUGAGAGAAUGGUUUACUUGGCAGCAUUCUCCAUCUCUGGAUAUGCCUGGGCUUCCUGGAGGUAUCGCAACAAACCCUUCAACCCUGUUCUGGGAGAAACCUAUGAGAAUCACAGAGAAGACAGAGGCUUCCGCUACAUCAGUGAGCAGGUCAGCCAUCACCCACCCAUCUCUGCCUGCCACGCAGAGUCAGAAAACUUCACUUUCUGGCAAGAUCAGAGAUGGAAAUAUAAGUUUUGGGGGAAGUCGGUGGAGAUCCUCUCUUCUGGACUGGUCAAUGUUACCCUGCCCAAGUAUGGUGAUCACUAUGAAUGGAACAAGGCAGUGACAUGUAUCCACAACGUGCUGAGUCCAGACCGCUCGUUGGAGCACUAUGGUGAGAUACUCAUCAAAAACACAAAGAGCGACGCCUGCACCUGCAAGGUCACCUUCGUAAAGUCUCGCUACUGGAGCUCAGACAACAGUAAGAACGAGGUGCAGGGUGUGGUUCUGGACCGGGCUGGAGAGGUGGUUCAUCGUUUUGGAGGCCUCUGGCAUGAGGGCAUUUUCUGUGAUACCCUGUCUACACCAAAGUGCAUCUGGAAGCCCAAUGUGCAGCCUGAAAACCACGCCCAGUUUUACGGCUUCUCACGAUACGCCAUAGAACUAAACGAACUGACGCCUGUCCUGAAAGAAGUCCUCCCUUAUACAGAUACACGCUUUAGACCAGACCAGAGGCUCCUGGAGGAGGGGCACGUAGCAGAAGCGGAGAAAAAGAAGGAAGAGAUAGAGGAGAAGCAGCGGGAGAGGAGGAAGGAGAUGGCCAAGAGAGGGGAGCAGCACAUCCCCAGGUUCUUCAGUCAAUCUGUGGAUGAGGCUGGCAGAGAGGUGUGGCUGUCCAAUAAAACCUACUGGAAGCUCCGCAAAGACCCAGGCUUCGCCAAGAUGGAAAACCUGGACCUGUGGUAGAACGUGGCACUUGGCUUAAUGCUGAAAAAUGAAACUUUCGUGGUGCAGAACACAUUGUAAUAUGAUGAUGAAUAAUGCACCCUUCAAUUAGUAAAAAUGAUUAAUUUUACCCAUGUUAGUCCAGGAACCUAUGCAUGAAUUAAAGUUAAUAAAGAUCCAGAUGUCUGCUGGUACCAGAGGAGUAUGGCAUUUGAAGGCACAAGUGAACCUCUCAUUGUUUUUUUUGUUUUUUUGUGCCAUGCAGAGGUGACAUGCCACUAUGGAACAAAUGAAGACUGAUUUAGACAAAGCCUGAUGUCCUCCCAGCCUUUGGCCUACCUCUUACUAUGAUGGAGACCUUUUAAUAUAAUCAUUCAUGAUUCAAAGCAAACCUUAACUUGAAAUCCAGUUUUUGAAACUCUAAUCACAGCCCUUAAGAAAAUAGUUUCUGUCAGGGACAGGGCCCUCUCUGUAUGUUUGUUUUGUGUCAUAUUAGUGGGGAAAAAUGUCAGAUAGGUUAUACUUCUGUUAGUUUUAAUGUCGAUAUUAAUGUCUUUAGUAAUUCUCAUUUUUAUGACAGUUUUGAGGAGUUCAGAAAUCAAUAUUUUCAGAAGCUUGCUUCCUGUGGAGGGAUCCAGAAAACGGAGGGCUGACCUGGUCCUGGUGGGGUGCAUUACAGGUGAACAGGUGCUGUUCGGCUUUGUUUCUCAGUGGGUCUUACUGUAUAAACUUGUCCAUUUGAAAACUUGCUGUGUAUUAUAUUUUCUGAUGUUUAAUCUUGACACCUUGGUGAUACAUAGUUUUUCUAGUUUCUUUUGCUGAUGAAAUCCAGCAGUCCUGUUAGCCUAGUCUUCUUCUCCUCUGGCCUGUAUGAUUUGUUGAUGUCCAAAAUGAGCAGACGGACGAGGAUCACGCCUCUUGGAACUUUUAUGCUCUCAGUUGAUGCAAUGAAGUAUUUUUAUUGAGGUUUCAACAAUGGAUUUUAAUAAGAAAAAGAUUACUUUUUUAAAGUUUUGUUUCAAAUAAAAGGUACCAUAAUCGAU